UCUGUGCUGUUGUGAGUUACGUGGACACGUACGUGCGUGUUAUUUACAUCGUGGUGUCGGGCUGGCUGCUCGCAUGUGCCGCUGCCCGUCUCCUUUGUCCUGCUUCACAGCUUCACUGGGUGUCAUGGGCCCUGCCUGCAGGGAGAGGAGCUUUGUCACUUUCCUCAUCACACUGGAUCCCUCGCCGCAGCAGUCCUCAUCACCAUCACCAUCGCAUCGCGAGAAGAGUCACAGCCUCUCAGUCUUCUUCGGAGGCACAAUGACCGCGUUCCCGUAGGCUACACCAUGCGAAGUGUGCCCACCUGAAACAGGCUGGGGAUGCAGCAUCCUUUGAGCCCUUCUGUUUGGGUUCCUGCUGCACUGGUUUCCUGCGGAUGAUGCGCGGAGGAGUUCGCGGCGUGUUUAUGUCUCACUCUGCUUUGGAAAGCCCCCAUCCCAUCAGGAGAUCCAUGCACCACCGGUCUUUGUGUUGUUGUUAUUACCAUGUCCCCAGCAUCGGCUGCAACGGCAAGUGAAAGCGCCACCGCCACCACCACCGUCCCCGAGGAGGAGACGGAAAGCCCCCGGGAAGAGCAACAGCCUCAGAAACAGUCUCUGGCUAAGUCCUUGUGUCAGGAAACUCACUGGAAAUGCCUGCUGCUGUCACUGCUGAUGUACGGCUGUGUCGGGGUGAUGGCCUGGUGCCAGGUGACAGAGGUCACGCGCCUCACCUUCAAUAGCGCCUACAAGGGAAACUCUAUGAUGUACCAUGACAGUCCCUGCUCCAAUGGCUACAUCUACAUCCCCCUGGCCUUCCUGGUCAUGCUCUAUGUGGUCUACCUGGUCGAAUGCUGGCACUGCUACACCAGGAAUGAGCUGCAGUACAAGGUUGAUGUGGACAGCGUGACGGAGCGCAUGCAGCGCAUGCAGCAGGCUACGCCUUGCAUCUGGUGGAAGGCCAUCAGCUAUCACUAUGUCAGGAGAACGCGACAGGUGACACGUUACCGUAACGGAGAUGCCUACACCACUACACAGGUCUACCAUGAGAGAGUAAACACCCACGUAGCCGAGGCGGAGUUUGACUACGGUAACUGUGGGGUUAAGGACAUCUCGAAGAACUUGCUGGGCCUGGAUGGUUUCCCCAUCACCAAGCUGAGGUUCACCAAGUGCUUUAGCUUUGCCAAUGUGGAGUCUGAAAACUCCUACCUGAACCAGCGGGCCAGGUUCUUUACAGAAAACGAGGGCCUUGAUGAUUACAUGGAGGCACGUGAGGGGAUGCACCUGAAGAAUGUCGACUUUAAGGAGUAUAUGAUUGCCUUUUCUGACCCUGAUCACCUUCCCUGGUAUGCUUCCAACUCCACCUUCUGGGUAGCGGCUGCUUUCACCUUGUCCUGGCCUAUGAGGGUGCUGACAGAGUAUCGUACUGCCUGUGUGCACUACCAUGUGGAGAAGCUGUUCGGCUUUGACUACGUGCCAGUAACGCCAUCUGAGGAGCGGGUGUAUUGCAGACACAUCCCACGGGUCAACACAAUUGACAGCACAGAGCUCGAGUGGCACAUCCGCUCCAACCAGCAGCUAGUGCCCAGCUACUCUGAGGCGGUUCUCAUGGACCUGGCCCAGCUCUCAGGGAGCUGUAACAGCUACUCCUUAUCCGGAGGCUACGGCAGCUACAGGCAGAACUGCGAACGCUGCCACCGUGCCAUAAGCAGCUCCUCCAUCUUCUCCCGAAGCGCCCUCAGCAUCUGCAACACUGGGAGCCCCCGCAUCCCGUUCAGCGCCAGCCGCUUCUCGCUGGGUCGGCUGUACGGCUCCAGGCGGAGCUGCCUGUGGAGGAGCAGCGGGAGCCUGAAUGAGCAGUCGUGUCCCACAGAGAGCACGCGCUGUCUGUCAGGCCAGCAGGCCGGUGAGGAGAACCCUCCAGCCUAUCAGGACGCGCUGUACUUCCCAGUGCUCAUCGUGCAUCGCAACGAAGGCUGCCUCAACCACGACCACCGCUCGCUGCACAGAAAUGGCUCCUGUGUAGAAACUUCACUCUGAUGACACGAGCUAAGGCCAAGGAAACUCUUUAUACAUGGACUCUUGUGUCUCUUUAACACAGAGAUUUUAAAAAAAGAGCAUUCUCUGAGUUACCACAACAAAGGAUUUGUUAACAUUUCUAAACAUACUGUCACCUGACACAACAGCAAUUACAACAAAGUAUGUGUGUGGAAUUUAUCACUCAAUACAUCAGGGAAAAACAGACCCGAUGAGACAGUUGUUUAAAAUACAGCGAGGCUUUAAGCAGCCCUAAAGUCAUGUGCAGCCCUAAAGAGUCUGUUGAGAUUCAGAUAACCAAUGAAAAUCAAGGGCCAUCCCAUCCUAGUGUAAAUGCCAUAUUUACAGAUCGUAGUCACAGAUAAUUUACAAAGAUAUGAGUAACAUUUCCCGGUAUAUGAAGCCUGAAAUGGGCUUUGACUCAGCAGCAAAUUAAAAAAUUAAAUGGAUGCCAAACGAGAAAUGGAACGCAAAGAUAAGCAACCCUGUCAAAACACACUAACGAGACUAAGUAGUUUUGCUGAAACCAAACACCCUAACCCUCUCAUGGCUCUUAUCAAAGUGAAGUCAGUACAGUCGACAAAUACAGAAAUCUGCAUGUUAACACAUUUUGAUCCUGGAUGAUUUAAUGUCUCCAUUCAAAGUUAAUGCUCAUGGAAAUCCAUUUAGAGGGAAAAAAAAACUGAAAAUAAAUGUGCGGAUAAAACAUUCAGUCAGCUGAUAUGUGCUUGGCUGCAAUGACAUUAAACUCCGUGGCUCGCCAAAUAUAGCACAGGAGGAGUUUGAAUAAUUUAGCAGACGAGGGCUGAAGGACACGAGGAUUUAAAACUGAUUCAUAAACACUUCUUUAAACUGUUCAAACUGUACAUUUUGUAAAGCAGUAAAAAAUACCCUCACUGCACUGCUGAGAAAUCAGUGUCAACUCCGCCAGUUUAAAAUCUUAAAGAUCCAUUUAGGUUCGCGUUGGGCAAUAUUUUCAUUGAGCCUACCUCUUUAUUUAAGUGCCUAGCAUCAACCGUUACUGACAAGCACAAGCUGCAAUGACUUCUCAUCUCAUCUCACUAUCCUCCCAUUAAAACAAGCAGAAGAACACCCCAAGGUUAUUGAAAACAUAGGCAAAAAUGCACAAGUUUGUAAGAAUCAGACACAAAAUGCUUUUCAGAUUUCUUUUUCACAUUACUCACACAGCCAGCCCUGUGCUGCUGCUGCUGCUGCUGAUGCAUAUCAGAGAGACAGCUAGAGAGCUGGCCAUCGAAAACACUCGAAAUAGGCAGAGGCCUGGAUUCACUACUGAUAGUGUCAGAUUUAAUAAUAUAAAAGGAUUACUUUAAAACAAUAAAACCUACUUCCUCUCAGCUGAGUGCAUGCGGUAUCUGAUGGGAAAUUUACUUUUGCAGCCAAGAACCGAAGCAGUGUUUAAUGCAAACAGUGACAAAAGCCACUCCCCGCAGCACAACCCAUUGCUCAAAGUUUGGUUUAUUUCUUCCAGCACUCCUUAAUAUUUUUGGACAGUCUUUUAGCCACUUGAAGGAAUGGAGGUUAAGCAUAGAGGACGUCCAUAACGACGGAUAUACAUGCAUCAUACUGCCAUUACGGCCAUAACUGAAUACUAUGAACCUCACCUGUGUUUAGACAUUUGGUGUUGAGAUUUGCCUUCCCGAUAAAGUGAUCAAUCGGCCAUACUCAUUACAUUCCAUGUGUGUUGUUGUGUUUGGAGCUGUGGACUGAGACACAACCCCCUCAUAACAGACUGAGUCACGUUUAACUAACAAUUUGAACCUGUUUUGACAACUCAAGGUCAUCUAUGCAACCUCACCCCAAACUCAGGAUAGUAUUCAGGUCAACGAUUCUGCUUGCAACAACAUCCCGAUAAUUCACUCAUGUUCUCAUCUGCACAUAAAGAAGGCAGAGGUGCAGAUGCAAACAUCUCCAGUCAUUGAGUUUCACUUCUGCACUUGCUAUUCAUAACCAUCACUUAGUCUGUGUGUAAAGGUCCGGUAAAUUGCAACGUUUUAAAGUCGAUUUUUGCUAAAAUUGAUUCCACCAUGAAACACAAGAAAAAUGCGGUAUCUUAGCAUGAAAAAGAGGUUAUUACCAGAGAAAUCUUCCACUAGAAAAAACAUCUGCAUUAUCAAAGAAAGCAAAACAACCCUUCAGAAUAAUACGUCUCAUAUUGCCUCUCUAACAACUUAAUGCGGUGGGUUAUGAACAGCUUCAGGCUCCUGUAUUCAAGAUGCUAACACCAAAAUCUCACCUGAAAUCUUGAGAUAGGGGGACAUUUAUGACAAGUGUUUGAAAUUAAUUAGUUUAAUCACAGAAAAACUGAAGUGUACAAAUGGCAAGUUAUUAUUUUAGCCUCUCUAUACAUCUCUAUUUUUAGUGGUUCCAGUGUGUAUGGUAAACUAUUCACAGAACAGAUGUCAGUGAUCUGAGCUAAAAUGGCUGGGAAUCAAUUGAGCUAAUAAGUUAAUUUUUAGCCCAUUCAGAUUCUUUACUUACUUAUUUUGUAGCUGUGAAGGACUGGAUCACAACCGAGCUCGUGCUGGUCAGAAGUCAGAGACUCAAGUGGACUUGCAUGACUCAGAGGACAACACAAAUAACAGCAUGCAGUCUCCACAGGGCAUUUAAAUGUACCGAAAUGUCUUUUUUGUUAUGUUAAUCAAAAUAUAGGAGGAUGCACUGGAUGUCAAUGCUAAAGUCACUGUGCCACUAUGAAAUCAUCACAAUCUCUCCUUCAUCAUCAUCAUCAAGCCUCUCAGGUGGCUUCACUGUGAUAUUCAUACAUAGUCCCAUGUAAGAAUAGAAAAAUGUGUUUACCCGUGAAAUGUUUACGCAGCAACAGAAACAAGCUAUUUGACUGAUUACAAUCUGACUGAAAGUUUAAAAGCUAUACACUUUUCCUCUAUAGAUGACUGUUAGAAUAACAUUUCUGCAAAGAAAGCAGCUAUAGCCGUUAUCAUGUCUUAUGAUGUAGAUUAGGCUCGUACGAUUUGUAUUCUUUCACUCAAUGAUGCUUUGGGCCUCAUCUUUUUAUACUUCCAUAAAUCUGUGGAUUUUUAACAUUGUAGAGCAGGAUGGCUUUGUACUGUAAAUAAAUAGAGACAGGAGUGUGGAAUGUCAGUCGAUGUGGAUAUUGUGUGCACACAUGCACACAAACACACACUUAAUGGUAACUGGAGCAGGGACAGAUUUGAUGUGUUGCUAUUAAAUGGAGAGAAGCAGAACAGUCCCCCUAAAAAGGCUGUUUUGGGAUGGUUUUGUUUCCCUUUAAACACGUUUUUAAUCAUUUUAGAAUACUUUUUUUAAAAAUACAAAUGCUGUUGGUGUGAUUUGACUGCUUUGGGAUAAGGUAUAUCUAAGCAUAAACAUAUGCUUAGUGAUUACUAAGGAUCUAAAUAUAAUAAAUCAGUAUUCUGUCAUAGAUCUUUCUGCAUUUUGGCUAAAUUAGUCCAGAAUAACCUCUCUUCAAUUGACUCUGGAGACUGAUUUGUGAUUUUAGGUGUGACACCUGUGACAUACACCUGAUUCAUGGCUAUGACUGUAAAUUACAUCUGACUGAUAAUUUUGUUGCCGCCUAGUUCAAGAGUUACACUAUUUACUAGUAGAUUAUAGGUAAAAAUAAAACAAUGCAAGUCUGUAUGUAUUCCAACACCAUCACGACGUUGCCUUGAUGUUACAUAAGGACUGAAUACCAAACAUGUGUAUCAAAGUAGAACAAAAAACUCAAUAAACUGAAAU